CGUUAUUGUUUUUAGUUGUGCUUAUAAACAUCAUGAUGUUAUCAGAAAGAGACAUGAUGCAGCAACAUCAGUGUAAUUACUGUUCUAGAACACUCUCAUCCCUCUCAGCACUUCAAAGACACAUAAAGUCAUGUCAGUAUAAAAAUCUGUCACACCAAGAAAACCCAGGUCUGAAGACUUCACCUCCCGAUGCCAACAUGAAUCAAGGGUUAACCAGAAAUUUCAUACUUCCACCUAUUCCAUCACAGCUGACAAUAAUGAUUCACCAAGAGAAAAAUUACAGCAGAAGUGAAGAGCCCAAAAUUACUCUUAAAAAAAUUUCAGAUUCAACGUCAAAAGAUGAAGAUCUUCUUUAUCAGAAUUUUAUUCCUACAUCAGUGUCAAGUGGAUCAACAACUACGUGUGAAGAAACUUUUUCCAAUUUUUCUCUUUCUAAGACUCGUAUAAAGACAGAGCACAAUGAUGAGUCGAACUCUGAGUUGGCUGAACGCACAUGUACUUUACAGAACUUUCUUAUUCCUCAAAAGGGAGAUUUCCAAGAGUGCUAUAUUACAACUCAUGGAGAUGGUAUAAACUUUAUUCAUAAGGACUCAAGCUCUUUAGAUUCUAACCAGAACAUAGCAACAGGUGGAGAAUUUACUCAGGGAAAAGUAGCUUGUAGUUUAUCUGAAGAUUCUAUGAUUGAUAACCAACUGACAGUGUUUAAGACGGAGCCAAAAGAUGUGGACAAUACUUCAGAGGUGGGAAUAAUCCAGAAUAAAGAAUUUGGAGAUUUUCAGCUAGAUGUGUCACAUGGUAGUCUAACAGAAGGGGCUCUGCUGGAGGACAUAAACAGAUGUUCAGAUAAUCCACUGAGUUCUCCUGAACCUGACAUGUCUGUCCGUCCAGUGGAUACAUAUGGUUCUUCCACUGUGUCUUCUUGUGCCUUACAGUUAAUUCAGGUCUCCUGUGCAAAGUCCAGCCUUCUUCCGAGUGUAUUUGCCGAAAAUCAUUCAGAAACUGUACAUUCACCCGAACUUGGUAAUGAUGAUCCUUCUGUUUCUGGAUGUGGUACAGGAGUAAAGUGUGAGGUAGUAUCAACCAGUUAUUCGCAUGACCACUUGGUAAACACACUUUCACAAGUGAAUGAUAAUUUCACCCAUGAUUCUGAAGGUUCUUUUCAAUCUAGAAGAAAUGUUUCUUCUCCAGGAGCAAAGAAAGGGACCAUGUUGCAAGAAACCAUGGACAUAUCGAAACAUUCUUUGAUUCCAGUUUCUGUAGGAACAGUGUUUACACAACAAAACAAUAAUCACAAAUCAGGAGAACCAAUUCAAGUACCAGACAGACAGCAAUUUUCUGUUUGUAUGGAAGACAAUAAUUUUACAGACAAAGAUGAUGUUUUUACUCCAAAAGAAAGCCUGUGUUCUCAAGAGAAGAUAAAAUCAGUUAAAAGUAAACCUCCAGCUAAAAAGCCUUUGCUUACAUGUGAAGUGUGUAACAAGACUUACCGCUGUCGUAGCAGCUUUAAGAAGCACAUCAGUGGACAUGCAGUAGCUACUUUCUUUGUUUGCAAAUAUUGUGGUCAGACAUUUCAACAAAAAAAUAUAUUUCUAGCUCAUAUAGACUUGCACGAACAGAAUGCAUUACAUCUUUCGUUGAGUGAAACUUGUAGAUCAAACUCUCAAACUCCAAGCUCUUUUUUGUGGAAGAGCAGGACAGUCCAGUCAAGGUUUGAUACACCCAUAUCCACUCAGUGCCUAUCUACGGGUCUACUCCAAGCUGUAAGCAAGAAACAAACUGAUAAGAGAAAAAAUAAUUCUAGUAACCUAUUGCAAGAUGACCUGGUAUCUUCAAGCAACUUGAAAUCUUGGAACCAAGAACAGUUCUGUGAAGAACAACGAACUUGUGAAACUUGCGAUAUGAUCUUUCAAAAUGUUCAUGAGUAUGUAGUUCAUCAAAGACUUUGCACUGGUCAAAAAAAAACAGUUGGGAAUUAUUUACAAAAUUCUAUUAUUUCAGAAGGGAAAAAAACUGUACCAAUAACUUACAAAUUGGAUAAAUCUCUAGCUUUUUCCACUAAGCGUCUCAAGAAAGGUAACCCUUCUUCUGUUCUGAAGACUAAGAACACUUCAAAACAAUUAUUUUGUACAAUAUGCUGUCGUGACUUUUCAAAAAUUGAAAAUUAUGUCAGACAUAAGCGCUUUCACAGUUAUCGGUGCCUUGUGUAUACCUGUCAGUACUGUGGCCAGUUUUUUAGUAAGAGAGUAUUGUUGGAUUUUCAUGAGAAGAAUCAUCGUGAAACAAGAAGAUGUAAAUAUUGUAAUUUACCUUUAACAGACAAAAUUGCAUUGAAACAACACAUGAUUGACAUGCACAGUGGUUACAGGAUCCUCCUGUUUUCAAAUAAUACAACAGACUUUGGUUUCUCUAGAAGAAUGUGGGAUUCACCAAAAAUACUGACUAGUAUAAACAAUAAGACCAAUAAAGGGAAUAUAUCAUCUCUGGACUUUGCAAACAAAAAUGUUUGUCAGUGUUCACAUUGCCUAGGUGAAUUCGGCAACAGAGAAGCCAUGUCUCGACAUGUAUGUAAGAAACCUGUCUAUCCUCAGCAGUUGGAUCAAGGAAAGUUCUUUUGUGAUGUUUGUCAUCAGAUCUUUUUUUCUCCAGAACAGUUACAGGAGCAUCUUAAGCAUUUACAUGUAAAGGUAGACUUGUAUCGAUGUGAAGUGUGUGGAGUGUGGGGCCGUAAAGAAGAACUGGAACGUCAUGUGUUGGCUCACAUGAGCAAAAUGGGACAUUUUGUUUCUACAGAUCAGAAGAGUUUCAAAGUAGGGGGCAAAUUUUUGUCUACAGCCACUGACAUAACAGAAAAUAGUAAAUCUCUGAAGAUAGUGCCACUAAAGAAGGCACCUCCAGAAGUUUUUCAGAAGAAACAGUUACAUACUGUGUCACUUAAUAAAGGAAAAUCAAAAGCCAAACAUCCUCGGACAGUAAAAAGUGGAAAGUUGCAUGAAGUCGUAACAUCCCAAAAUAGAUCUCAUCAAGAGUCUAACCUAUUUGCUAUGACCUCUUCUCAUAUCAGUCAAAAUCAAUUUCUCUUAAGGAAAAGAUUACUGACAAAUAACAGUGACGUUAAAGGUCAUUCUCUGGUGGGAACUCGUAUUGGAAAAAUUUUAGUUAAAAAUAUUCCAGUAUGUAGUCAGCAAAGUACAGUAAAAAAUAGCCAAACUGGAGUUUCAGUAAAAAGGAUAAGGCCAAAUUCUGGAGACCUAAAUCGAAGUAUGUUAUCUAAUCUCAGUAGCCUCUUUGAAGUUGAGAAAGUGAACCAAUUUACCAGUCAGGAUCAGCAAACAAAGAUCUUGGAAAGACCCUUAUUAUCGAGUGAAGAAAAACAAAGUGAAAAUACUGCUAGAAGCAAUUUGUCCAGAAAUCCAGAUGAUAGCCUCAUUAGAAGCAGGUUGCUUAGCAACCACAUUGAAAACCUUGAAAGAAGCAGGCUGCUUGGUAACCAAAGUGAAAAUCAUGAAAGAGGCAUGUUAGUGUUAAACAAUCGAGGUGAUACAGACAGACUUCCAAGUAAACAGACUGAAAAUUAUGAUAGAAACAGACUUUCCAAUUCCAGCAAUGAAAGUGAAAAUAAUAACCAGUUACGUAAUAAGUGCAGUGAAAAUUAUGACAGAAAUCAAAAUGUUAACCUAGUAAAUAAGAGGUCACCCGCCUCUAACAACUUACAUGAGAACCUGGUUACAAACCGUGUUAACCAGGUUGAAAAUUUAAACAGGAUCAAGAUAUCUAGUUCAUGUAACCCAAAUCAGACCAGUUUAACUACUGGCCUGGAUGAAAAUUCUGACAGAAGCAGGCCACCAAACUUUGGAAGUCAACAUGAACAGUCAUACAGGAACAGUCCUAAUCACAGUACAGAAAGGAAGAGGUUAAGUAUUAGCAAUGAAAUUGAAGUUUCUGGUGUCAAUGAAUUACAGAAAAUGGGAAUAAGUACGUUAUUAAGGAGUGAUAGUCAUGCUGAAAGCAGCAGUAGUCCAUGCAGUGCUAGUGAACAGUCAGAGAAGGAUUUCAUGACCAGUUAUCGUUACCAAGAUAAAGACUUGGAUAAUGAGUUAACAAAUUACAAUAGUGAGAAUAGAACAAUUGAAAUCAGCCAGUUACCCGUUGCCAACAACAAGAGUGAUAAUGAUGACAACAGGCAGAUGUGUCACAACAAGAGUGUUGUUUCAGAUACCAGAAAACUGUGGAAUACAGGAGGCCAUAUGGAUCGGAAUGUGGAGUAUUGUCUUCCGUGUGAAGAGUACAUACCGUUACAUUUAUUCUCCGGACAUCUUUUAGAAAAGCAUAUGGAUGGUGGUGAACGGUCAGACUUUUUUUUAGACUUGCCUUAUUUGCCUGGUAACGAAGAGAUGAUGGAUGUCUCCGAGGAAGAUCCUGGACUGUAUGAGGGUCUUUCUAUUGAUGAUAUCUUUGAAGAAGAAACAAGUGGCACAACAUUAGAGACCGAACUAACUAGUGAAAGAGAGGGAUCGAUAAUAUUCAAUGAAAAUAACCCUUAACAGUGAAUCGAACUGUUUCUGUAUUUGUGAUACCUUUAGUUAAGAAGUAUGCUGAAUAAUUAUUGUUUUUUUAUUUCUAACUGGAACAUGUAAACAUGCUAUAGGUUUUUUGAUUUAAAACAUCUAGCAGUGUUUGGUGAUAGUUAGCAUUUCAGUAAGAUAAACAUUUGAUUAUGUGGUGCUUCAGAAAACAAAAGUUUUUACUGGGCGAUAUAUCAGCUCCCAUAAAUUUGCACCCUGUCUAGCUGAGGACUGCACUUCAGAGCUCAUUUAGCUUCUGUGAGUUAAGGAAUGCCACCUAGGGACGAGUGACAGAAGUUUCUCAUAUUAGGUUUUUCUCAUGCUUUCUCUUGGAAUAAUGUUGAAUGUACUCCAGUUAGGCCUAACUCUAUAUUUUGCAGUUUUCUAGUUACUGUUGUGACUGUUUAUGAAGUCACACCUGAUCUAGCUGUAAAGUCUCAAACAGUUUUUAAUUUGAGGGAAUUUAAUCCUGAAAACACUUUUACCAUUGUUGCCCAGAUUUGUGUAAUAUAGACAAUAACACUUUUACCUAUUGUUACCCAGUUGUGUAAUAUAGACAAUAACACUUUUACCAUUGUUGCCCAGAUUUGUGUAAUACAAACAAUAACACUUUUACCAUUUGUUGCCCAGAUUUGUGUAAUAUAGACAAUAACACUUUUACCAUUGUUGCCCAGAUUUGUGUAAUAUAGACAAUAACACUUUUACCAUUGUUGCCCAGAUCUGUGUAAUAUAGACAAUAACACUUUUACCAUUGUUGCCCAGAUUUGUGUAAUAUAGACAAUAACACUUUUACCAUUGUUGCCCAGAUCUGUGUAAUAUAGACAAUAAGACUUUUACCUAUUGUUACUCCACUGUACAUCAAACUUGAAAAUAUUUUAUUUUUCCAUUAAAUUUUUAUAAUAAUUAGAUAUUUUAUAUGAAGGGUAACUGGUUAGAAAAACAACUUAUUUUUUGUGGUAUAUUUUUUCAC